GAAUUUCUUUAUCCCAAACGUGCAAUAUAUUGUUAAAACUUGCCACAAGAAAGACAUUCCCGUUUUUUGGACUCAACAUGGCCACAGAAACAUUGAAUUCGAUGGAGGUGCUAUAGGACGAUGGUGGCGAGAUGGGAGUAUCAAAUGGGGAUCAGAAGAGUGGAAAAUUGUGCGCGAACUACAAUCGUUUAUUUCAGUCAGUAUUCCAUCUUAA